AAUUAGUUAAGCCUCAGGUUUGCCCGUAACAACUUAGCCCUCACGGGCCGCCAAAAUGGCAUAAAUUCUUUCAAUAGAGUGUUUACUUUCCACUCAUAAUCAUUUAGAGGUUGUUCUUUUCACAAAUAAACGAGGAAGAUAUGCUUAGGGAAAGCUGGCUGGGUGCUGUGGUGCUUCUUGUGAUAUUUUGUGUUGUUGGAUUCGGCAACAAAGCACAAGAAACUACAAUAAAUGUAUUACCGCACCGAGCAUUGCUGGCUCACAACAAAUACCGCGCAGUGCACCAUUCUCCUGCUCUGAACUGGUCAGAAGGCCUAGCUGCAGAGGCACAAGCUCUUGCACAAAACUUAGCGACACAGAGCUCGCUCUCUGCAAGAAAAGAUUCAGCUAUGGACUUAGGUCAAAACUUGGCAAAACUGGCAGGUUCCAUGGCAUGUGAGGAUGCCGGAGAAAUCGCAACAAACUUGUGGUACAGCCAGGCUAACAAUUACAGCUACUCUGAUCCAAGACUCAACGCAGACACUGACACUUUCACACAGGUUGUGUGGAAAGGCACACAAGAACUUGGAAUUGGUUGCGCUAGAAGUUCCGCUGCACCUUCGGGACCUUUGUACGUAGUGGCUUUAUAUAAGCCAGCGGGAAAUAUCCCAAAGCUAUUACGCAAGAAUGUCUUUGAGCCGGGUCCUCGCGGAGAUGAUCCAGAUGUGUACUCAACAUUAUUUAGACGUCAAUUCGAAGGAAGUAAAAGCCUCAGAAAAGUCAAAAGCGUGGGGCGAAUUCAACGGAAAAGCCGUCAACUUCGAUUAAUAACUUGACAGGAAUAACCGAACGAGCUGCAAUGAAUACAAUGCCAAGAAGGACAUUAUCUAAAAUUUCUGAAUUUAGAAAAAGCCGGGAGCUAACCUCGGUUUUAUCAGGAUUCUGUAGUUAUUCGAACUCUUUUCACAUAGUUGACGUGAGAGUUUUUAUCCCUCGAUACUUUAACUCCAAAUAAAUAAUGGACACGAAUAUAUUUUUCUCUCUUAAAGAUAAAAAAGUUAGCCUUCUUUAAAAUUUCUGUAUUACAACUGGACAGCUUCCUUUAUUUCUAUAACCAGAGGCAGUCGGUAAACUACAUUUUCUAUAUUUCCACUAAUUUUACGCUUCAAUCAAAAGAAGUAAACGUUUCUCAAAUAUCAUUAACUCUAAAAGUUAUGAAAAUGUCUACUAGAAGGUUAUUCGUUUUGACUAAGUGAAUAGACAGCAUCAAACAUUUCAGUGCCUUUGUUGCGGAUAUGCUGAAGAAACACCCUGAUAUAAGCAGUCAUUUAAACUUGUACCAUAUUUUUUAAAUCGUCUCUGGGACUGGUUUAAUCUAAGAACACAAGAGUGUUCCUAUAGCUUCACUUAACGUUGAAAACAAUGCACAGCAACCUCAGGCCGAACAUUAUUCAGGGGUUAUCAGACCUUAGAGAUCUAAAGUUAACUUAAACUGGCAAAUGUUCCCUUGACGUUAACAGGCGUGUCAAUAUUGAUAUUUACCAAUGGAUGAUUCAGUACGACACAUUUUGAUUAGUUGCCGUAAUACACAAAAGUAUUCACCAAAGUCAAUCAGAACAAAGGUAAAUAGCAGAAGGGACCAAUAAACUCAACAGGAAAUUGGCGCCUACAACGCGUGCGUCGGACUGAUUUGCAAUAACUUGCAGCUUUGCAUAGCUUUAAUUUAAUUUGAUCCGUUGAGUUAUUCGGGAGUAAAAAGCAAUCUUGAAUUGUUUUCCACGCUGAAUUUAACAUUGCCCUA